GUUCGUUCGCUUCGCUCAUCUCCGACUCGUUUCACAGGAAGCCGCGAAAAAGCUCUCCACAGAGUCCACAUCUUUUCGCAAUUCCCACGCAAAGCUCCUUCUUCCUUCUUCCUUCCUCCCACCAUUUCAAAGCAACCUCGCUUUCCUCCUCUUCAUAUCCAAUACCCACUUCCCACAACGCUCCCACAACAAUUACAACCUUUUCUUCGAGCUCCUCCAAUGGCGUCGGCGGCCUCGUUCGCUUCCGGGGUCGGUCUACUUCAUCUUCCCCAAUCGGUUUCUCCCAAAUGUUGCAGUAAAGCUUCCGUCUUUGCCCGCCCCCACCACUCCCUCAGCUUCAAUUCCCAACCGGACUCCUUCCGGGCCUUAAUUUCGAGGCAAUCGACUCCGAACGGUGCGUUCCGAACUGGGUUGCGGCGACUCGGUCGGAAUUCGAGGCCUUUCGUCGUGCGCUGUGAUGCUUCAACUGGAAAUGGAAGGAUUACACAGCAGGAUUUUACAGAAAUGGCGUGGCAAGCGAUUGUUUCUUCGCCGGAAGUGGCGAAAGAGAACAAGCAUCAGAUAGUGGAGACUGAGCAUUUGUUGAAGGCACUCUUGGAGCAGAAGAAUGGUCUUGCUCGUCGGAUUUUCUCCAAGGCUGGGGUCGACAAUACCCGGCUUCUUGAGGCCACUGAUAAGUAUAUUCAACGACAACCAAAGGUUCUUGGUGAAUCUUCGGGGUCAGUGUUGGGACGUGAUUUGGAAGCCUUGAUUCAGCGAGCCAGGGAUUACAAGAAAGAGUAUGGGGAUUCAUUUGUGUCUGUGGAGCAUUUGGUUCUUGGUUUCGCCCAAGAUCAACGAUUUGGGAAGCAAUUAUUUAGGGAUUUUCAAUUAACCAAGGAAAGUUUGAAAUCUGCAAUAGAAUCCAUAAGGGGACGUCAAUCAGUUAUUGACCAAGAUCCUGAAGGGAAAUACGAAGCACUUGAAAAGUACGGAAAAGAUUUAACAGCUAUGGCAAAGGCAGGAAAGCUUGACCCUGUGAUAGGAAGAGAUGAUGAAAUUCGCAGGUGCAUCCAGAUUCUCUCCAGAAGAACAAAGAACAAUCCGGUGCUGAUUGGUGAACCAGGUGUUGGAAAAACUGCAAUUUCCGAAGGGCUUGCUCAAAGAAUCGUGCAAGGGGACGUCCCACAAGCUCUGAUGAAUCGUAAGUUAAUAUCCCUUGACAUGGGAUCGCUAAUUGCUGGGGCAAAAUAUCGGGGAGAAUUUGAGGACAGGCUGAAGGCAGUACUCAGGGAAGUAACAGAAUCAGAGGGCCAGAUAAUCCUUUUUAUUGAUGAGAUCCACACAGUUGUUGGGGCAGGUGCUACAAACGGUGCAAUGGAUGCUGGUAAUCUCUUAAAACCCAUGCUUGGUCGAGGAGAGUUGCGGUGUAUAGGUGCAACGACACUGGAUGAGUAUCGCAAAUAUAUUGAGAAAGAUCCAGCAUUGGAGCGUCGGUUCCAGCAAGUUUAUGUUGAUCAACCUACAGUAGAAGAUACCAUUUCAAUACUCCGGGGACUGCGUGAGAGAUAUGAGUUGCAUCAUGGAGUCCGAAUUUCUGAUGGUGCACUGGUGGAAGCUGCAAUUCUCUCAGACCGCUACAUCAGUGGGCGAUUUUUACCUGACAAAGCUAUUGACUUGGUUGAUGAAGCUGCUGCUAAAUUGAAAAUGGAGAUUACAUCAAAGCCCACGGCCCUAGAUGAGAUCAAUCGUUCAGUGUUGAAACUUGAAAUGGAGAGAUUGUCCCUUACAAAUGAUACGGACAAAGCUUCAAAAGAGAGAUUGAACCGCCUUGAGGCUGAGUUAUCUCUCUUAAAAGAAAAACAAUCCGAGUUGGCUGAGCAGUGGGAGCAUGAAAAAUCUGUCAUGACUCGCAUUCAGUCAAUCAAGGAAGAGAUUGACAGAGUAAAUCUUGAGAUUCAGCAAGCCGAACGAGAGUAUGAUCUCAACCGUGCAGCUGAGUUGAAGUACGGGAGUCUGAAUUCUUUGCAGCGCCAACUCGGUGGUGCAGAAAAAGAGCUUGAUGAGUAUAUGAGGUCUGGGAAGUCCAUGCUGAGAGAGGAAGUUACUGGAAGUGAUAUUGCUGAAAUAGUAAGUAAGUGGACCGGUAUUCCUGUUUCCAAGCUUCAACAAUCGGAGAGGGAGAAGCUCUUACAUUUGGAGGAUGAGCUGCAUAAACGUGUUGUGGGUCAGGAUCCUGCAGUGAGAUCAGUCGCUGAAGCUAUUCAGCGCUCUCGGGCAGGUCUUUCGGAUCCUCAUCGCCCAAUUGCUAGUUUCAUGUUCAUGGGUCCCACUGGUGUUGGGAAGACAGAACUAGCUAAGGCCCUUGCCUCCUACAUGUUCAACACAGAAGAAGCACUUGUAAGAAUCGAUAUGAGUGAGUACAUGGAAAAGCAUGCUGUUUCGAGAUUGAUAGGAGCUCCACCUGGUUAUGUGGGGUAUGAGGAGGGAGGACAGCUGACAGAGGUGGUUCGCCGGAGACCCUAUUCAGUUAUUUUGUUCGAUGAGAUCGAGAAGGCACAUUCUGAUGUGUUCAAUGUGUUCCUUCAAAUUUUAGACGAUGGGAGAAUAACUGACUCGCAGGGUCGCACUGUGAGUUUCACCAACACUGUCAUCAUCAUGACCUCAAAUGUGGGUUCACAGUACAUACUAAACGCAGACGAUGACAGCACUCCAAGGGAGUUGGCUUAUGAAACUAUAAAGCAGCGGGUAAUGGAGGCUGCAAGAUCAAUAUUCCGUCCUGAGUUCAUGAACCGGGUUGACGAGUACAUAGUUUUCCAGCCCCUGGACCGCGAUCAGAUAAGCCGUAUUGUCAAGUUACAGUUGGACCGAGUGCAAAAGAGAAUUGCAGACCGGAAGAUGAAGAUCAAGGUGAGCGAUGCAGCUAUCCAGCUUCUCGGAAGUCUUGGGUAUGAUCCAAACUACGGUGCUAGGCCAGUGAAGCGGGUGAUACAGCAGUAUGUCGAAAACGAGCUUGCCAAGGGCAUAUUGAGAGGAGAGUUUAGGGAGGAAGACACUGUUUUUAUAGACACAGAGGUCACGGCAUUUUCCAAUGGCCAGCUCCCCCAGCAAAAGCUAGUGUUCAGGACGAUAGAAACGGACUCAGAAUCUUCGGCUACAGAGAACCAAGAAUCUUUCUCGGAGACUCGAUAGACGAUGACAAAGUUGGGCAGAAAUUCUUAAAUUAUACUCGGGAUGUUUCUCUUAUAUAUGACAUGUUAUUUUGUCGAAGAUUAUAAACUUCUAAAUAUGCAUUAAUCUUCGUGUUCAUAUUAGUAUGUUUCCCCGAUUUUCCGACA